AUGCUUCCCGAGCCCUCACCCAACUGGCCUUCGCGCGGACAGCUGGUCAUACCCGGCGCUUUCCCGGACAAGGACGACGCUACGACUUCUACAACGCUUGCCUCUCCUCCUGCAGCUACGAGUUUUGCUACUUUGCAGCAGCAGCGCUCCGGCGAUGACGGUGCGACUCCAUCGCGACCCGAGCAUUCGUAUUCGGAGUGGCAACUCGACUGGAAGCUCAGGGUCGAAGCUGGAUGCGACGUACGUGACGCUGUGGUAGCUGACUCUGCGGCCGACAUGUCUUCGACGGACGCUUCCAUCUUAGGUCAUGCCUGCAUGGAGGCGCAACAGGCCAUUCAUCAAGAAGUGAAGUCGGCAAAGCCAAACACACACAAUCGCCGAACCCAACUGGACCGCGACCCCAGUCCCAUUCUGGUACGACUGUUCCACCUCCACGAAGCCGGGCUGUGCGUUACAGUGCUGAGAAGCCGAGGGCAAGAAGGUGAAAUGUCUCAAUUCAUGAAUUAUAGUAACUUCCUGCUGACUUCGCAACAGGUCGUUCGCUUCGAAGGGGCAUGGAUGUUGGAGUCCUCUGCGGAAAUCCAGACCCACAAGUACAAGCAAAUGGGCAAGGCCCUUCCCAUCAAAUCCAGAAGCCCAACGGAGGCCGGCGAGGAUCCAGCCGAGGAGUCUCACCAGUAUCAUUCCCUCGACCUCUUCGGCGCCAUCCAUUACGACAUUCGUUGUUUGAUCUUCGACUACGUCGCCAUGUGGCCUCUCUGCUGGCAAGACGCAAGGCUAUGCCUCGUCGUCUGCUGUCGAACGAUCGACCACCCGCAACGCUCAUUCACACGGAAAAUAAGCUUUUCUUUGUUGCCAUACCACACCUACGAUUCACACGUCGAAGCAAUUGUGGUUGGACCGUCAAACGUUUGA